AUGGAAUACCAGUCCUCUCACAAGGAUACGGCCAGCCAAGCCAAAGUCACAGACUUGCAGGUUUUUGUCCUAGGGGUGGAAUAUGGACAUGCUUUGACCGGAGACUCUUCCAAAGCCGCUGAUGGCACUGCAGCUCUGUCGCUGGGGAGCGCGGUGCAGGCAGAGCCACGGUGUGAUGCCUCCGGGCAGGUGGCUUAUGCAGCAGAGUUGAGGAAGAGGAACAUGAAAUGGAACAAGGUAGAGAAGCUUCAGCAGAGGGGUCGAGAGCUCCCCUUCCCUGCAGCAGAGCAGCCCAGAGACCACACUGUAGGGCUGCAGAAACGUGGACCUGAAGCUCCUGAAGAAGGAAGUGGAGUGACGGGUCUACGACUCCACAUUCGCUGGCUGCAGUUACAAGAACAGCAGCACAGCUACUGCAGUGAAAGGCAUGGGACAGCGAAGCAGCUGAAGGUGUACCAGCGUAGGCCGGGUUACUGCCUUCAGCACCCGGCAGCGGAUGCAAGUAUGAACCUCUUUAAGGAGAUCCUGCCUAGAGUAAGGAAGAUUCUUUCAACUGCUACAGCCUCUGAUGACCACGCGCUGCUUAACCUCAUGCUGAAAGAAGAUGUGAUAUCCAAGGAGUACCAUCAAGCCUUGCUCCGUGAAAAAGACAGAGAGGACCUCGCAAGGAAGAUAUCUCUGACAUUUGUGGAAAAAUGGGACCUGUACUUGAACACUUUGGUUCCCCUCUGUUGUUUAAACCUCUAUGGCGACAGCAAGAGACAAACCAUGGAUUCAGCAUUCGUGUCGGAAAAUGGCUAUCUUGAUUUGCUGCACAGUAAUAUCGAUCCAUUGCAUCUGUAUACUCUCCUUGAUCCGAAGUCAUCUGGAAAUGAAGAAGGUGACUUCUCUGCAGAUCCUGAAGUUGAUGCCAGCAACUGUGAUCAGAUCAAUAAUAUGGAUUAUCUGUGUGCAUUGGAAAAUGGUGAAAAUGGGGAUGAAUUGUAUCUCUGUUCCAACACCAUAGAAGCUUAUGCUAGAAUAGCUGAAUUAGCAGAAUAUGUACUCAAAGAUCAGCAGGAGAAGCAGGUGGAAGACACUUUUGCAGGGAAUCUUAUUUUGGAUGAAAUGGCUGCUGAAAACACUGAGAAAUUUCCUGACAUAAAGAUGCAGGAAUGUCACAAACGAACCUUCUUAGGCUCUGCAGAGAGUUGUUCCGAUGCUUCAGAACCCAAAUACAGGAAAACUGUGGACAUCCCUGCGGUGUCUGCAGGGAAUGGCAGUUUCGUAGCUAUGCCUCUCAACAGCCAUCCAGUGAGCUCCACCUCGCUAACCAACCAGCACGUGUCCUUUCCUGUUCCUGCUACCAACCCCUUGGAAAGAAGUCUCACAAUUCCUGGGAUGUACGCACCUUUGAUUCCAGAGUGUCUACCUGUUGGCGUGAAAGGGAGCCAAGAGAAUACAGGCUUAGCAGAGCCUCCUCAGCAGAUACUUAACUUUGUUCUUGGAAAUGGCACAUCUGAUGUUAUAUUAUAUCCAGUGCUGACUUCUUCCACGGAAACAUUGAUAUCCCCAAGUUUUCCAGUUAGUUUAUGUGGUUUAGAAACGUUCAAAGAAGUACGAGUUCCCAUAAUUCCUUCUGAAGAACCUUUCAAAAGACCAAAGCCAGUGGAAGCUUUCCAUACAUCACUUAUGGAUUAUUUCCGAGACGUGUGCAGAUCUGUGGCCAUGGAGCGUGAAAUAGCUCUUGAUCACCUGUUUAUUGAUGAGACACUUGUUCAAAACCAAACUGAAAUGAAGACUGGGAAGAACAGUGUAAAAGCAAUGGAAAAGGAGCUGAUAACUUGCAGUCUGCAAGGGAAGGAAAAGGCAGCCCUUAAAAGAAGCCAAAUAUUUCAAGUCCCAGGAGGUAAAGACUUAGAGACUAAAGUGAUUGUGGUGCUGGGAAAAGAAGGAAUGGGCAAAAGCAUUCUUGUUCAGAAGAUCUGCCAGGACUGGUCCAAUGGAGAGUUUUCUCAAUUUGAAUUUGUAUUUUCGUUUGACUGCAAACAAAUAAGCUUGCCUGAGAAGCGAUAUAGCCUGAAGGAUCUGCUGCUUGAAUUCUUUGUAAAACCUCAAGAGGGAAGCAAAGAGAUCUUUGAGUAUAUCUUGCAAAAUCCUGCUAAAGUCCUUCUGGUUUUUGAUGGCUUUGAAGGGUUGCAUGAUCAUGAAAAUUUUCCUCGUUGCUUGGCCAGCCAGCCUGAAAAAGACUUGUGCAAUAUAAAGGAUCUGCUUUCAGGACUGAUCCAAAAAAAGAUACUCAAUGGUUGUACUUUAUUACUUACAGCAAGACCAAAAGACAAGGUGUACCAGUAUGUGUCCAAAGUGGAUAAGACUAUUGAAAUGGCAGGAUUUUCCCCUCAGCAGAGAGAACUGUACAUAACCAAAUACUUCAAAGGAUUACCCUACUGUGAUAAUGCACUGAAAUUAAUCAAAGAGCGUGAGUACUUGUUCAGUCACUGUUACAGCCCUGUUAUGUGUAGAUUUGUUUGUUUUCUCUGUGAGAUGGUACUUGAAAUGGGAGACAAAAGCCUUCCUUCAACUCUUACUACAGUCUUCCUGAAAUUUGUUCAGCAAAAGAUAAUACCUAUGCAAACAGAUGUUACAGCCGUGCAAAAUCAAGAGAGUCUUUCUACGCUAGCCCGCUUAGCCUGGUGUCUUGGAGAAAAGCACCAAAGUGCCAUGAAAAGUGAUCUUCUUCCUUCUAAGGAAGUUAAAGAGUUUGCUCUGAAAUAUGGAUUUUUCCUGCCAUUUGCAUUCCCCAAACACUCAGAUACUGGAGAAGAGGAAUUUGGGAGCACAUUCUCUGAUUUUGUCAUUCAGAAUUUUUUGGGUGCGCUUCACCUUAUGUUAGCAGAAGAGAUCAAGGAUAAAAGCCUAACAAAGUACCUGUCUUUUCCAUCCAAGAAGAAAAAACCUUAUAACUGGUUAGAUUUAGUGCCUCGAUUUUUGGCUGGAUUGCUGUUCCUCCAGGAUGACCCCUACUUCUGCUCCCUUUCAAAUAAGGAUGUAAAACAAUCAGCUAAGAAGCAGAAAACACUCUUGAAGUAUAUUAGAAGGCUGCAGAUAAAUGAGCUCUGUCCGGAGAGGUUACUUGAGCUUUUACAUUGUAUUUAUGAGGCACAAAGCGAUUAUCUUUUCCAGCACGUGGCCUUAAGGCUCCAGCCAGACCUGUCUUUUCUGGGCAUAAUUCUUACACCACCUGAUGUCCACGUACUGCACUCUAUUUUAAAAUGGUCAAGAAAAGAGUUUUCCUUGGAUUUGCGAAACAGCAGAAUUGACAUGCAAGGGCUGAAAGACUUGGCUGGCCUAAAGAACGUGGCGUCAUUCAGGGCCUCCCUCAGUGACACGGUCAGGCUCUGGAAAUCUUUAGAACAGACAAAAGACUACGAACUGCUGAGAGCAUCAACAGAGAAAUUUGUUCUUGAUCCCUUUAAGGCAAAGACAAUGAAGGACAUCAGUGACCUUUCAGACCUCGUAGAGAUGCAGGAGAGGAUGAUCAGUUGUGUGCAAGAUGCAUCUGGUUGCAGCAGCUAUGAAAUUCCUGCUAUCAAAAACCUCAGAAAACUAGAAUUUGCACUGGGUCCAGUAUGUGGCCUACGGGGAUUCCUAAAACUCGUGGAAAUCCUUGCAGCAUUUCCAUCACUUCAGCAUUUAGAGUGA